AUGUCAGAUAAAAGAUCCAAUAAUAUUAUUUUAGAGGAAAUCCCAAAAGAAGCUAUAGAAGCACUUGGAUAUUCAGAAAUUUUAUGGGGGAAAAGAGAGAAAGGGGAAUAUUGCAAAUUUGAUAACUAUAUAAAUAUGAAAAAUUUGGAAGAAAACAAAAUGAGACAAUUUUGUCUAAAUGGCAAAGUAUUUAAAGUAGAUAUUGACGUUGAUGGAGUGCUAAAGAAGUAUAAAAGUAUGUACGCGAAUAACAAUGCGAAUGUAGUUAUUGGGAAAUUCGGCGAAUAUUACAUUCUUAAGAAGAUUUUUAGCCAAAGUAUUAUAAUUCAAUCCGGUAGCAAUGCAACACAGCAAGAGCUAUGUCUUAUAUAUUCGCUAGUAGGCUUGCUUGUGGCAGAUACUAUAAUUAACAACAAGAAAAACAACCCAAAUGUAUUAAAGCUAAGGAAUGUGAUUUAUAAUAGAUUUAGUAGGUCAAGCAAUCCACCAACGGAUGAAGAGAAAAACGAAAUUAUUCGAUCCAAUCUAACCCAUACUGAGUUCCCAAAUAACAAAAAUGGUCUUCUUGAUGAGAUACUGGAGGGCCUUUCUAUCUCUCUUGAUAGCAGAGCAGAUGUAGAAUAUAUUCCGGGCUAUACUAGUCUAUCUAAUAUGCAUAUGUACAAUUACAUGGGGUUUCUUAGCUUAGUAGACAAUAGUGAGCUGAAAAGGUCAUUGGAGCAUUUUUGUACUGUAGGCAUAGAAGCUCAAGAUGAUGCAGACGUAGACACUUAUACACUUGAUGAAUUAUACACAGAAAGAAAUGAGAAUGGAGUAAGUUUAGUAGAAAAGGGCCUUCAAAUUAUAAACGAAAACAGCAGUACAAUAAUUGUGUCUAAGAACAAUAAUAUAAGAGAUAAUUUAGGCAUUAGUGACUCGGAUAUGAAAAUAGUAAGAAGCAUUCAUAAACACUUAGACAAAAUCUUGCAGGAAAGAAUACUAUACUUUAACCUGUUGAGCUGGCAUAUACCAAAAAAGUCAAAUAAUAGUAAGAGAUUAGAUAGUAUCUAUUACGGAGAGAUCAAAGCUGGAAAUAGAACAAGCAUUAAAGAUUUUAAGUGCCGAGUAAAUUUCCAGCUCCUAUUCAACAUAUGGAGCCCAGACCAUAUCGAUAUGCAGGAGAAGUCAAUGAGUAAAAUGACAGAACUAUAUGCUAAAAUAGAAGAGGUAGAGGAUAAGAUUAAUCAAGAAAAAGAAGAAUCAGAGAAGCAAAGAUAUAUGAAGAAGCUAGACAGUCUAAGUUAUAAGUGUGCAGAAGCAAAGGAUGCUUACAUUUGCUUUGGCAUACUAAGAGAACUAACCGAUGCUCAAAAAGAGCUAAUAGUUAGCCGCAUAGAAGAAUAUGCAGAGCUCUUAGAAAUAACACUUAAAAAAGGCAAGCUACAUAGAGAAAGUGAAGCAAGAAAAUUUUGGAUCAAGGCUGCAAAAGUAGCAAUUUCCGCAAUUUUAACAAUAGCAGUACUAGGAGGAAUUGCCUUUUUAGUAGUGUUAGCACUAAAAACGAGUAUAGAACAGGAAAAUCUUUAA